CUGCAAAUCUUAAAAAAGGUGACAUUAUUAUUCGUGAUAUAUAUGAUCCUACAUGGAAAAAAUCGAUAAAGGAAGGUCCUGCCGGCUUACUGAACGUAAAAUGGAAUCUCGACGGUAAAAGCAUCAUGUGUUUCUCAGAUUUUGAGCUUCGGAUAACGAUAUGGUCUUUAAUAACUAAUAAUGGAUACUAUAUACAAGAUCCAAAAUAUCAUAAUAAAGGGUUUUGUUUUCGAGAAGACCCACCAUGGUUCAUUUUAGCAGAACGUCGUGAAUGUAAAGAUUUUAUAGGUGUAUAUAAAUGUGAUACUGACGAUUGGAAAUUGUUAAAU